ACAGAUUCCCCCAAAACACUCCCACUAAGAGAGAGAGAGAGAAAGCUUCAAGAAUUUGCAGAGAGAAACAGAAAAUCCCUCCCCACAUUUCCCAAAUCCCAGCGAGAAGAGGAAGAAGAAGAAGAAGAAGAAGAAGAAGAAGAAUCAUCAUCAUCAUCAUCAACAAUGGGCGACAUGAUUGUGAACAGCCAAUACGAAAUCCUGGAGGAGAUCGGAAGAGGACGAUUCGGAACCAUCACUCGUUGCUUCUGCCCCAUUUCCAACAAGUUCUUCGCCUGCAAAACCAUCGCCAAAAGCGAUCUCAUCGAUGAAACCGACAAAGAAUGCCUCGAGAAAGAGCCAAAAAUCAUGGCUCUUCUCCCUCCCCAUCCCAAUAUUCUUCAGUUGAUUGACGUUUUCGAGAACGAUGAUUAUCUCUGUUUGAUCUCCGAGCUCUGCGACUCCGUUUCCCUCUACGAUCGGAUUAUCCGUCGUCCUUUUUCCGAAUCAGAAGCCGCCAUCGUUAUGAAGCAGCUUCUCCAAGCCCUCGCUCACUGCCAUUACCAUGGCGUUGUUCAUCGCGAUGUUAAGCCAGAUAAUGUGCUCUUCGAUUCCAGAGACAAUUUGAAACUCAUCGAUUUCGGAUCGGCUGAGUGGUGCGACAAAGACGGAUUUACCUUCGGCGUCGUCGGAACGCCUUACUACAUCGCACCUGAAGUUUUGAGAGGAUCUGAAUAUGGUCAGAAAGUCGAUGUAUGGAGCGCCGGUGUGAUUCUCUACACGAUGUUGGCUGGAUUCCCUCCGUUCUACGGCGACUCCGCGGCAGAGGUUUUUGAGGCCGUUCUCAGAGGAAAUCUGAGAUUUCCACCUAGGGUUUUCAGGUCGAUUUCCUCUGCGGCUAAGGAUUUAAUGAAGAAGAUGAUAUGCCGAGAUGUCUCUAGAAGAUUCUCCGCCGAACAAGCUCUCAGACACCCAUGGAUUCUGAGUGGAGGAGAAGGAACAUCAUCAGUGGAGUAAAUCGUUUAACAUUUUGACUCACAAAAAAAAGAAGAAAAAAAACCCAAAAAGAGAAACCCAUGAUGAUGAAUAGAAUGCUUAAACAAAGCAUUGAAAAGCCAGUUUUGCAUUCCAGUACAUAAACCCCUGCUGCCUGCUUCUUCCCCAACCCUGUGAAUAAGAGACCUCAACCUUCAGAGCUCAAACUCCAUUAAUGGCUGCUCUACUGAAGGUUCUAGACAGAGAGAGAGAUAACAGUUGGUUCUUUUUUUGUGUUUUUUGGUUUCUUGUAGAAUUUGGGGAAUCCUUUCUUUCCCUCCAAACCCUUUUGUUUUUGGUGUAUAAAGAGUGUUUGGGAAGUGAGAAAAUCCCACAAAAAGUAAAGGGGAGAAAUUAGAUGAGAAGUUUAAAUGUGAUAAGUAGUUUGGUUUUUGUUUUUCAACUUUGAAGGAAUAUGUAAUGUAAUGUGAUGUGAAUGCAAAUGCUGGGAAUAUAAACUCAUGUUUUCCUGAAA